GUAAAGAAAAGAAACUGUGUCCAGAGCAAAAAAAAAGAAAGAAAUGAGACAUCUCCUUUACAUUUGCUUCUUCAUUCCCUUUCUCGGCUUUGCAGGAGCUGGUCAAGAAUCAACACCCAUUGAAGCUCUGAAUCUCCUUCAGCUUCUUCCACAAACUACUGAUCUUGAGCUAGCUGUUUCAGUAAGAGACAACAAAACCAUCACUGAGAUUUCAUCAAGCAUCAUAAAAGCCGAAACUUGGCUCAAAACCCAUGUCCUAUCUCGUUACCCUUCCACCAAAAUCACCACCAUUGUUAUCUUUUCCCCUGACUCUUGCCAAACCACACAACACAAACCCAUCUUUGAUCUUGUCCUCUCAUCUUUGAAAAACCUACACCAUUCUCUCACAAGAUGGGGUCUCGAGAAGAACAUCAAAGUCUCCCUUGGCUUCUCUUACCAAUGCUUAACCAACCUAGAAAUAUUCAAACCUAGUCUUGAAUUUCUUAGAUCCAUAAACUCCACUUUCACCAUAAACCCACCUCUAAACUUCCUUUAUUCUCCUGAUAACCAUCUUGAUAUGCUUGAGAAGUUCGGAUCCUUGAGGUUCAACAAGGUCAACUUCUUAAACCCUGAACCUGAAGAAGAAGCUAUGAUGAAGAUGACAACAAGAAGAAGUCUCAGAUCUUUAAUCAAUUUUACUAGAAAAUUCACACUACACUUCCCAACAUUACCCUCUCCCUCACCGGAAAACUCACCAUUUCACUCCUCCAUCGAAUAUCCAUCUCCACAACCUUCGCCGGAGCAAUCUCCGAUCUCAUCUCCGCCGGAGACUUCUCCGAUCCCAUCUCCGGCGGAGCAAUAUCCUCUUCAGACUCCAGGACUCUCUCUUCCACCGUGCAUUCCCCCUCCUCCGACUUCUUCGCCGUCGUCACCGCCGGAGAGAAAGAAGGACGUGGAGGGGUUAUGGUGCGUGGCGAAACCGAGCGUAGCGGCGGAGACGUUGCAGCAGUCAUUGGACUUUGCGUGCGGACAAGGAGGAGCAAACUGCGACGAGAUUAAGCCUCAUGGGAUAUGUUUUUAUCCGGACACGACCGUGGCUCAUGCGUCUUAUGCUUUCAACAGUUAUUGGCAAAAGACUAAACGUAACGGAGGGAGUUGCUCUUUUGGUGGCACUGCCAUGCUUAUUACUACUGAUCCAAGUUAUCAGCAUUGCAGGUUUGCUCUUAGUUGA